AAAUGAAAGAAAAAUCGAAGAUUUUACGGUCACAUAUUUCAGAGACUAAGCGCCGUCUAUAUUGUUUGCAAAGCCUUGCGGAUAAGUCUGACGAUUUUUAAAGCGUGCCACCGUUUUGACAACAGCUGGGAUGUCAGCAACAAAAGAAUAUCGGAUUAUGAUUGCUUUCAGCCAAUGGACACUUGCGCAGUUUAUUUAGCUGCGUUUGUGUUAUGUAUAUUUCUUUUGUUGCAUUUUUGUUGAAUUAUUAGACUAUUUCUCUAUCAAGGGCUAAGCGUACUCCUCAACCUGGACAUGAAUAAUUCAUUGGAACAUGGAAACAGAAAAAGUACUUUGAAUUCUAAUGAGAGGUUUGAGUUAAGACAAGUUAAAGCGCCAUCGAUGUAUUUCCAUGCAGCCCACCAAUUAACCUCCUCUUUCGGAAUCAAUAGUAGGCCUAAUCAAUUUCUGGUCAACUUAUUCCUCCGUUCAUUUUUACGAAAAUUAUCUUGUUUUACCGCUCGGACUUUUUGAUGCUUAGAACCUGCUUUGGGAUUCAUGACAAUGUAACAUGUUGUAAUGGUCUGAAUUCUUCAGUCAGCAUCUUCGCCAACGACUGGAAUUCAGUUAAAUCAGGAGAACACAGAGCGUUUAGUCCGCUUUCCCGAUGGCAUGAAUGUAGAUGAUUGAAUACUAUACUAUAGCAUGCAUAGGCCAAAAAUAGGCUACUACUAGUAUUAUAGAAAAAUGACCCAGGGCCCCAAUCUCGUGUUUGAGUGGCUGUCAUCACUGCAGCUGUCUCAGUACUUGGAGUCCUUUGUUGACAAUGGAUAUGAUGAUUUGGAAGUGUGCAAACAAAUUGGAAAUCCCGACCUUGACGCUAUCGGGGUUCAAGUUCAGCAUCACCGACACAAGUUACUCAUCGCUGUGAAUAAGUUGAAAGGAGAUGACAAAAAGAAAAUACCUGGCUUGUACUUCACCUUGGAGCCCUUAGACCCUAGUUCUGGUUCCCACACACUCACCGUUGAACAGGGAACUAACUUGCUGGACUCCAAACCGUGUAAGAACAUCCAGAAAGGUAUUCACAGACACCAGGGCUCAUGGUCAAAUAAAAACAAUCAGCAUUUUACCAAUAACGACUUUGUCAGGUAUCCCAAACUGAAACUGAAGGUGCUGAUUUGGGAUAAAUUGGUAAAAGAUGGAAUUGACCUCAGGAAGCCACCGUACACCCACAAGGACGGCUCACUGGGGAACAUUGCUGAGCUGGCUCAAGAGUACUCGGACUUCUACGGAACCUCUCUCAGCGACGUGAGCGACAGGAUGGAUGAGAUUCGAAAACGCAAGGUCGUCCAGGAUGUCGACGCGGGGAAGGUUGACUCAGUCUCCACAUCCCUGCAUCUUCGCUUCCAGAUACAGGAAUCUCUGGGCUUCAACAGUACCAUGUCCACCCCCGAGACAGAGAGACGGGUUACCAUGCACAAGUCUAGCUCUGAAGAUGGAUCAGGGGGACAAUGGGAUGGGAAGAGAAAAAAUAAGUCUUUCUGGACAAAUUUCCGUAAGUCACAGAAAGGUGGCAUGCGACAGAUGUCUAAAGGCGAGGACAUUGGCUUUGUGGCCAGUGACAUCACCAUGAGUGAUGAAGAGCGCAUCCAGCUGAUGACGAUGGUGAAGGAGAAGAUGAUCUCCGUGGAGGAAGCCCUAGCGCGGCUCAGGGAGUUUGAGACCCAGAACAAGCAGUCCUGUAGUGCUGAAGCCACAGAAUGGAUGGAUCACCCCUGUCCCAACCUGAACGACUCCUUCAACUGCAACUCAUGUGAACUGUCGGACACCGAGCAGGAGGAGUCUGGCACCUUCAGGAGGCUCCACAAGCUGGUCUCGUCCACACGCAAGGUGAAGAAGAAGCUGAUACGGAUAGAGGAGGCCAGGAGAGUUGGACCAGAGGAGUGCGUGGCGAGCUUGGAUGGUCCCCUCCACGUGGAUGACGGCUUGUCUCUGUACUGCGGGGUGCAGAAGAAGCCCGCUCCCUGCCCUGUGGACGCCCUGGCGGCCGCCGUCCGCGACCAGCUGAGCCCCCGCAGCCCGGCCAGAGACUCGGACAGCCUCACCACCUCGCCCUCCUCCAGCAGCCUGGACACCUGCGGCAGCCACAGGCUGCUCCGAGCCUUCAGCAAGUCUUCCGGCAGCAGCCCAAGCCUGCAGGAGAAAGGGCCCGGUGGCGGGGCCCGGGGGGAGGGCGAGGGCAGCAGCUCCUCCCUGUCGGAGGCGGAGAGCUGCGGAGGAGACGAGGCCAGGAUGCAGCGCUCGGUGACGGAUGGAGAGAUCCGGCGAGGCCUCAGCCCGCUCAACUACCAUGGGAGAACUUGCAGCUUUGGAGGCUUCGAUCUGACCAACCGAUCUCUGCACAUAGUCAACUGUGACUGUGAUGUCACUAACAAAGAUGGAGACGGCUCCUCCAGAGAGGCUGCGAAGUCUCCGCCGACGUCUCGAAUUUCUCUGGGCAAGAAGGUGAAGUCCGUGAGAGAAACGAUGAGAAAACGCAUUUCAAAAAGAUACCACUGCUCUCUCUCCGAACAGCGUUGUGUAUCUGCCCUCCAGUCGAGCCCAGACAGGGCGUCCAGCUGCCCCCACUCCCCCCACCCGGACACACACUCCCUGGAGAAGCCCUCCCUGAAGCCUGGGGGCUCGGUGGAGAGUCUGAGGAGCUCUCUCAGUGGACAGAGCUCCAUGAGUGGCCAGACUGUGGGGACCACCGACUCCUCCAACAGCAACAGAGAGAGUGUGAGGUCCGAGGAUGGGGAGGAGGAUGAGCUGCCGUACAGGGGGCCCUUCUGUGGGCGCGCCAUGGUGCACACUGACUUCACCCCCAGCCCCUACGACAGCGACUCCCUCAAACUGAAGAGAGGAGACGUGAUUGACAUCAUCAGCAAGCCGCCGAUGGGGACAUGGAUGGGCCUGCUGAACGGCAAGGUGGGCACCUUCAAGUUCAUCUACGUGGACGUGCUAAGCGAGGAGCAGGCCAAGCCCAAACGCACGCGCAGGAGGAGGAAGAGCCGGCAGCCAAAGCCCACCUCUGUCCAGGAGCUUCUGGAACGCAUCAACCUCAAGGAACACCUGCCCACCUUCCUGUUCAACGGUUAUGACGACCUGGACACCUUCAAGCUGCUGGAGGAGGAGGACCUGGAAGAGCUCAACAUCCGAGACCCCCAGCACCGCGCCGUGCUGCUGACCGCCGUGGAGCUUCUGCAGGAGUGUGAUGGCAGCAGUGACCCGGAGCGUGGAGAGACGUCCGGGGGCUCCCAGGAAAAGCUGCUCUUGGACCGGAGAGGCCUGCUGGGGGACUCGCCCCGGGACUCAGGCUGCUACGAGAGCAACGAGAACCUUGAGAAUGGGAGGGACACAAAGACCUCUUCCUCCAUGAGCAGGUCCUUCUCGGGUUUUGAGUCCAGUCACCUCCUUUCCCCAGAGCUCGCCUGCCUCCCCCUGCCCCUCCCCAGAAAAGCCAUGCCACACCCCAGCCCUGACCAGCUUCUCUGCAUGGCUCCCUCCCCAGCAGGGCCCCACCAGAUCCCCAGGGGGCAGCACUUCCCCCAGGGAGUGACUCUGAGUCACAGCUGUGGGGAGAUAGGAGGUGGAGAUCCACACACAGACCUGGGGCAGCAGAGACGCGUCCUCUCCCUGGAAGACCUCCACCUAGAACAGAGGCUCCACGACCGGGUAUUCCUUGGCCCAGUAGCCCUCAGGCUGACUCACAGCACCACCCUCCAAGCAAAGGAGUCCCUCCAUCUGCUGAGGAGCCAGCAGACACAUCUAGACGGGGCCCUGCUACUAACACAACCACCGCUCUGCUGUGGCCUGUCUAAUUCUUUGGGCAUGGACAAGAGAGACAAGACUAGUUCUUCCAAACCAGGCACACACCCCUUAAUAUUCCCUGUAGUCCAAGCUGGCAGGCCGAAGCAUCACACCGCUAACUCUUCCACGUCCAACCAGAGCUUGCGAUCAUUCCCACCAGUGACGAACGGGGAACAUCCUUGUGAGUUCAAACCCCUGUCUGAUGACACAGCUGAGGACGGCGUCGCUAUGUUAGUGCCCACGACCCAACCCUUGACCCCCCAGCUUCCGGGGUCGACCCGGGCGGAAGGCGCCAGAAAAUGGUUGGUAUCAGGGCGGAGAAAAACCACCAUCCCCAUGGAUCUGGUCUCCCAGCUGGAGGAGAGGUUACAGGCACAGGGCAUAGACCUCACGGCCGAGCCGUUCUCUGAUAAGUAUGGUCGUUCUGGGAUCCCAGAGGCUCUGGUCCAAAGGUAUUCUGACGAGCUGACCCAGCCGCUGAGAGAGACGGUCUGGGCCCUGGACCAGGUCAGAGUCCAGCAGCUCCAUCGGCAGCAGCGCACAGCCAUUCCGUUUGGAGGCCUGGCCAGGAUGCAUCGGAACCUCCAGUCCCAAGCGCCUCUUGCCAAUGUGGUUGGAUAGAUCGUGUCCAUGCACUUGUACAACUAGUCACCGGCGAGCUGGUGGUCCUCAGAUACAGCGUCUGACUGAGAGAGCUGCUUUCUAAUGUGACAUGGUCCGAUUAGCAAAAGCAAGGGAUCAGAUCCAAGCUUGACGAUGGAUGCAUGCAAGCUGAACGAACCUGGACUAAUUUAAGGAUAAAUUCCAUUUAUUACAAAACCAAGAUAAUGGAGUGUACCUUUAGGAGGAUUAUAUGAUUAAUCCCAACAGUCACCUUGUCAUUUUGCCUAUUUAAUA